AUGGCAAAAUUCGCGAAUGAAUCACCCCAAACGGCACUGACAAGUCCCAAUACGUAUUCUCAACUGCGUUUUCUACUCUGCCUAGAAUUAAAUGGUGUAGUGGGGUACUCUCCCACUCCAGACGAUAAUAUAAGCGGACCGACUUCGACAGUAUUCGCACGAAUUCCGACAAAUAAACAUCGCAGUUCUUGCAGGAAGCAUUCUCUGCAAGUAGUAGAGAAGAAAUUAAAUGGUGUAGUGGGGUACUCUCCCACUCCUGACGAUAAUAUAAGCGGACCGACUUCGACAGUUAAUGAUACAGUCUUGUUACGAAUUUCAACGAAUACACAUCGCAGUUGUUGUAAAUUAAAUGGUAUAGUGGGGUACUCUCCCAGUCCUGACGAUAGUAUAAGCGGUCCGACUUUGACAGUUAAUGAUACAGUCUUGUUACGAAUUUCGACGGAUACACAUCGCAGUUGUUGUAGUACGCAUUCUCUGCAAGUAGUAAAGAAGAAAUUAAAUGGUGUAGUGGGGUACUCUCCCACUCCUGACGAUAAUAUAAGCGGACCCACUUCGACAGUAUUCGCACGAAUUUCGACAAAUAAACAUCGCAGUUCUUGCAGGAAGCAUUCUCUGCAAGUAGUAGAGAAGAAAUUAAAUGGUGUAGUGGGGUACUCUCCCACUCCUGACGAUAAUAUAAGCGGACCGACUUCGACAGUUAAUGAUACAGUCUUGUUACGAAUUUCGACGAAUACACAUCGCAGUUGUUGUAGUACGCAUUCUCUGCAAGUAGUAAAGAAGAAAUUAAAUGGUGUAGUGGGGUACUCUCCCAGUCCUGACGAUAAUAUAAGCGGACCCACUUCGACAGUAUUCGCACGAAUUUCGACAAAUAAACAUCGCAGUUCUUGCAGGAAGCAUUCUCUGCAAAAUUAAAUGGUGUAGUGGGGUACUCUCCCACUCCUGACGAUAAUAUAAGCGGACCGACUUCGACAGUAUUCGCACGAAUUUCGACAAAUAAACAUCGCAGUUCUUG